AUGGGUAUCAAAGGCCUUACCGCUCUUCUUCUAGAGAACGCACCAAACUCCAUCAAAGAACAUGACAUAAAGACACUCUUCGGUCGAAAAGUGGCCAUCGACGCGUCCAUGUCAAUAUAUCAGUUUCUUAUUGCUGUCCGACAGAAGGACGGCGAGAUGCUGACGAACGAUGCCGGAGAGACGACUAGUCAUCUCAUGGGAUUCUUCUAUCGAACGAUACGAAUCGUCGAGAACGGUAUCAAACCUGCAUAUGUGUUUGAUGGGAAGCCUCCAGAUCUGAAGGCCGGUGUGCUCGCGAAGCGUUUCGAGAAGCGUGAAGAGGCCAAGGAGGAGGGAGAGGAGGCUAAAGAGACAGGUACGGCGGAGGACGUCGACCGCUUCUCUCGUCGGACAGUUCGUGUCACUCGUGAGCAUAACGCAGAGUGUCAGAGGUUGUUGAGAUUGAUGGGGAUUCCUGUUGUCGUUGCUCCAUCAGAAGCGGAGGCGCAGUGUGCAGAGCUUGCACGAGGAGGGAAGGUAUACGCAGCUGGUUCUGAAGACAUGGACACUCUCACCUUCAGUGCACCUACCCUUUUCCGCCAUCUAACCUUCUCCGAAGCCAAAAAGGCGCCUAUCACCGAAGUCACGCUCUCGAAGGCAUUAGAGGGAUUGGGGAUGAAGAUGCCGCAGUUCAUCGAUCUCUGUAUUCUCCUCGGCUGUGACUAUCUCGAGCCCAUCAAAGGUGUAGGGCCGAAAACGGCUCUCAAACUCAUCAGGGAACACGGUGGGUUGAAAGAGGUCUUAGAGCACUUGAAAGAGAAACAAGCAGAAAAGGAAGCCAAAGACGCAAAGUCGGAACCUAAAUCUUCAACAUCAAAAUCAAAAACGAAAAAGUCGGUAUCGAAAAGCGCAUCAAAACCGAAAAUCGACAUCGAAUCGGAGGACGAGGACGAGGACAUUACGCCUCCGCCUGCUACCUCCGACGUUGACCUAGCUGACGACGCUGACUUCAAAGCCGACGCUGAUUCGGACGACGACGAGCAGCCGAAGCCGGCGAAGUCAAAGUCAAAGUCCAAGACGAAAGCUAAGAAGAAGGCGGUCGUAGACGAGGACGAAGACUCGGAUGCAGAUGUGAAAGAGGGGGCUGAGAAAGAUGGUAAGGAGGCGGAGGCUGAGGUUGAGGAGGAGCAAGAGGAGAAGAAACCGAAGAAGGCAGCGAGUGCACGCAGACAGGGAGGUGUGCAGAUUCCUGAGUUUUGGCCUUGGGAAGAGGCGAAGAAGGUGUUCCAGAAGCCAGAUGUGAUACCCGCGGAUGAGGUCGAGCUGGAUUGGAAAGCUCCGGACGUGGACGGGCUGGUCCAAUUUCUCGUGGUGGAGAAGGGAUUCAACGAAGACCGCGUACGCAAGGGUGCUGAGAAACUCUCAAAAUUCCUCAAUGCGAAACAACAGGGCCGUUUAGACGGGUUUUUCACGGUGCAGCCUAAAGCAAAGGAAUCUCCAGCACCGAAGGGGAAAGGUGCCGCAAAGGGCAAGGAUGCGAAGGGUGGCAAGAGGAAGAACGAUGCUAAAGAGAGUGGGACGAGUAAGAAGGCAAAGACGAAGAAGUAAUGGAUGUUCGUGUCGAGCCAUCCAUUAGUUGGUUCAUUCGUUGUCUAGGGCCUCGUUUUCUUGUUUUGCUUUGCUUUUUUGUUUCUCCUGAUUCUCUGAUGUACGUAAGUUUGGUAUUACAUUGUACUCUUAUCAUUUCC